AUGUCGUCAUCGUCUUCUUGGUCAUGCAACAAGUGUACUUUCCUCAAUUCUCCAUCUCAGAAACUCAACUGCAUGAUCUGCUUGGCUCCUGUAUCAAACCCUUCUUCGUCUCUUCCUCCUCUCUCAGCUUCCACGAACGAUGAACCUAAAUGGGCGUGCAAGGGCUGCACUUUUUUGAACACGUACAAGAACUCAGUCUGCGAUAUCUGCGGAACGCGAUCGCCGACGUCUUCUCUACUGGGCUUUGACGAAUUGACCGAUUCGGGUCUCGAAAGUAAUUUCCCGGAUUCCUCUGUCGGGUCGGUUUUCUUUCCUCUAAGGCGGUGUAGCAAGCGCAAAGCGAUGGAUGAUGAAGUCGUCGAGGUUGAUGGUGGUUCUGUUGUUCGCUCUGAAUCGUCUGGUUUCGUGAAGAAGAACAAAGAGAUUGAAACGAAAGGGGUAGCGUCUGCGUCUGAUUCAGGAACAGCUUCCUCUAGCUUGAAGAUCUUGAGCUACAAUGUUUGGUUUCGCGAAGACCUUGAGUUGAUUAGUAGGAUGAAAGCUAUAGGCAAUCUUAUUCAGCUUCAUUCUCCUCAUCUCAUAUGUUUUCAGGAAGUUACUCCUGAGAUAUAUGAGAUUUUCAGCAAAUCGAAUUGGUGGAAAGCGUAUUCUUGUUCUGUCUCAGUCGAUGUGGCACGUACAAAAGGAUACUACUGCAUGCUGUUGAGCAAGGUGGGGGUGAAAUCUUUCAGUUGCAAAAGCUUUAGGAACUCGAUAAUGGGAAGAGAAUUAUCUGUUGCAGAGGUUGAAGUUCCGGGGAGAAAGCCACUUGUUCUGGCAACAAGCCAUCUUGAGAGUCCCUGUCCAGGUCCUCCAAAAUGGGACCAAAUGUUUAGCCGAGAACGUGUUCAACAAGCUGAAGAGGCGAUCGAGAUUCUCAGAGCUAAUACCAAUGUGGUGUUUGGGGGAGACAUGAACUGGGACGACAAGCUAGAUGGGAAGUUUCCUUUGCCAGACAAAUGGGUCGAUGUUUGGGAGGUUUUGAAACCAGGUGAUUCCGGUUUUACAUACGACACAAAAGCAAACCCAAUGUUGUCCGGUAAUCGAUCAUUACAGAAACGGUUGGACCGGAUUUUCUGUCGUCUGGAUGAUUACAAGCUUGGUGGAAUCGAGAUGGUUGGGAAAGAGGCGAUUCCUGGUUUAUCAUAUGUGAAAGAGAAGAAAGUGAGGGGUGCGGUCAAGGAGUUAGAACUUCCAGUGUUGCCUAGUGAUCAUUUCGGUCUGCUUUUAACCAUUUCGCCAAAAUGA